UUUGCUCCUAUCAUACAAGCGCCAUUUAACGGUUAACUCGGUUGCUGUUCAGUUAGAAAUUUAUCUUUACUUGCCUGUGUUUAAUAAUACUUGUGUGUGUUUUCUGGGAUAUUUAUUGUAAACAUAUACUUGGACAUAAAUAUUUCAAUUGCUUAUACAUUGUAUAAUCUUGUUUGUUGAAAGUUAAUUAUCAAAAUGGCGACAUCUGCGAUUUCUAAAAAUUCUGAUAUGGUUAAAUAUUAUUGUUGUACAAUCUGCGAGAAAGAACGGUCUGUAGAAAUAGAUGCAGAAUUUUACUGUAAAAAAUGUCGCAAGUAUUACUGCAAACCAUGUAUUCACUCUCAUAGACAGCAUGGUUGGUGGUUUAAUAAAAAAUCUCCUUAUGGAAAGGAUAAAAUAAUGAAGUGGCCACUUUCUAAGAAGAUGGAGAAUUAUCUCAUAACUUGCAACAUACACAAGGAUGAAACAAUAACAGCAUUGUGCAAUAGCCAUAGUGAGCUGUGCUGCUUCAGAUGUGUUGAGCUUAAUCACAGCCAGUGCAGUAAAGUGACUCCAAUUAAUGAACUGACUGACACGCAGCCAACAGACCUACAGGGACUGUCAGUGGAGCUGGAAACUGUCCUGGGAGAAAUAAAAAGCCUACAGAUCAGACAGGAGGCUAGUGUUCAGUUAUUGCAGAGAACAUACAAGGAACAUGGGGCAGUCAUGAUAGAACAAAUGCGUGGCAAUUUAAAUACUCAAAUAGAUGAGUGUGGUAAUAGUUGUGUGGGAACCUCGGGCAAAAAUGAGCAAUGUUUAAAAGAAGAAAUGUGUAGGAUUGUUCUUUCUAUCUUGAAUGAAUUUAAUAAUAUUUCUGUGAAGGAACUUAACGAGAUAAAAAAUGAAGUUAUAAGCAUAAAAGGGUCAGUUACAAGUUCUAUUCAUAAAUGCACCAGUCUUCACAAUGACUUGUCACAAUUCCAUGAAAUUGUUCAGAAAAUUGGAGAUCUUAAGGAGCUCUGCCUUAUAGCCAGCAUAAAAUGUAAGCAUAUAAUACAGCAGGCACUGACUCUGCUGGGAAAGUCAGGCAAGGCGUUUAAUGUCCAGAGUAAUACUAAGCACAAUGUGAGAAUACCAAGUGAUUCAGGUAAAUGUUGGAUCAUAGGCAUGUGUGUUCUGACUGAUGGGCAGGUGCUGGUUGCAUACUGGAAGAAUAAGAGGUGCCUGCUGCUGAACCAGCAGUACCAGGUGGUGAGUCACUGUGAUGUGACUGAAUAUGUAUGGGACAUGUGUCAGAUCACACCCAGUGAGGUUGCGGUGGCUGUGGAUGAUAAUGCUAGCAACACACAUAAUGUCCAGUUUAUCACAGUCACUCAGAGCCAGCUCACUCUUGGUAGGAAGCUUGAGUUGCAGCAUGGAUGUACAGGUAUUGCCCACCACCAGGGUGAACUGUUUAUCUGCUCUGGUACUGAACUGUACAAAUACACACUGAAUGGCAAACAGGUGUGCAUCAUCUAUGAAGAUAGAUCAUCUGAUUAUACAGUAUACAAGUGUGCUGUGAGUCCCACAGGAGACAGGCUGUACAUUCUCAGCAAAUACAGGCAGAACAAGCUUCUCACCCUGGCCAGGGAUGGCACACUCCUGGCUACAUACACAGACCCAGCACUAGGUAGCCCACGUGGUCUACAUGUGACCCCUGCAGGCCAGGUGCUGGUCUGUGGAUGCUGGCCCCACACUGUACUACAGGUGGGCUGGGAGGGGCAGAGUAAGCUGGCUACGCUAGCUACUCAGGAGGAUGGAGUGUGGAGACCACGGUCAGUCUGCUACAGCAGCACCACAUCAUCCAUCAUUGUGGGACAGGUGGACGACAUCCUGGUGUUCAGAGUGGAAUAGUGUGUACAUUCGCUGCUGAGUCAGGACAACCAUGCUGAGGAUGUGGUGGACAAGAAUGACCUGACUACGCAGAAGGACAGCACCACCAUUGAUAUCGAGUUGGCCCAGCAACAGCACCAGUCCGGCCUGCAGGAGCCCCAGUCCAGGAAGACCCAUCCACUCACCUGACCCAUAACUCAUCAUACUUGAUAUCCGGAAAAAUGGGGCCUAAUGCAUGUGAUAAAAUUGUUGUCACAGAUAAGCCUGUGCAGUUUGCACAGGCUAAUAAUGGACAACACUUUCCUCUUAAAGAGCACCAGCAUUGAUAUCGAGUUGGCCCAGCAACCGCACGUGUCCUGCCUGCAGGAGCCCCAGUCCAGAACGACCCUUCCCCUCCCCUGACUUCUAACUCUUCUCCCUUGACCUCCUGAAAAUGUCAGCAUCGUUGAACAACUCCGUUCUGCAGGAAAUUCUGAGCAUGAUUCUGUUCUGAACAAACGCAAUGCCCACGUCAAGUUGUCCACACAUAAGCCUGGGUAGUUUUGUUAAGCUAGAGUUCCGCGUGGGCCUGAGAGGGACAAGUGUUACAGACACGAAAAGUAAUAGCAGUAGUUAUGGUAACGCUAACAGUCAGUAGUUGCUGUUAGACAUCACAACAAAUAUCAUGAAGAAUAAAAAGUUCAAUAACUUGUUCCAAUCUUUAUGGGACAAACAGAAAUUGAACGGGAAAAAUUCAAGGAACAAUAAAAGCGUAAGCUUUCCUAGUGGGAUACUUCUGCUGUUGAUAGAUAGGACGACAGUAGGGUUACGGACUGCCCCAGAUUGUCCUCUCAGCAAUCAAAAUAUCAUAAUAGAACGGACUUUUGGCAAUGUUACUGACAAAGAAAAGCAGUAAUGACUUGGUUGUGAAUACCCAGAGCACGAUACAUCCAUGCUGACACAGAAAGGCAGUAAAGACUUGGUUGUGAAAACCCAGAGCACGCUAGAUCCAUGCUGACAAAGAAAGGCAGUAAUGACUUGGCUGUGAACACCUCGAGCACGAUACAUCCAUGCUGACAAAAAAGGCAGUAAUGACUUGGUUGUGAACACCUAGAGCAUUAUACAUCCAUGUUGACAAAGAAAGGCAGUAAUGAUUUGGUUGUGAACACCCAGAGCCUGAUACAUCAAUGCUGAAAUAGAAAGGCAGUAAUAACUUGGUUGUGAACACCCAGAGCAGGAUACAUCCAUGGGGUGUGCAUCAGACACUAAUUCUGCAUAUUAUUGUAAACAAGUUGCUAAAAGUGAACACGUCUGGUUUUGUUAUGAGCACUUCCCACUCAGAGCCCAAAUGUCCUUGCAUUGAAUCGAUGCAAAAGAAGACUUUGAAAAAUGACAGCAGUUGUGUUGUGUGGUCCAGUAAUCCUUUCAACUCUCAACCUGAAGUUUAUCAAAACUCAAUCUAAGCCCUUUGCAAUAUCACACCUUGCAACACAGUGUACUUUGCCAUGAAUGUUUCGUGGUUUAAAACACCAAAAUUUCAAUUUAAAGUUUGUGCGCGUAACAUAUUGAUACAUUGCUAUUCUGAGUUCUAAUUGCGAUAUCCUAAAUAUCAAUACUAGAUGAAAUGUUUGGCAUUGAAAAACGGGUGUGUAAAGUAAUUUGUUACAGUGCAUAUUCAUUUGUCACUAAAAAAAUCAGGGUUUAGUUUGCUUGUCAUUUCCUUUUUAGCAAACAUUAUUAGACAACAAAACGAACGUCGUUUAAGUAAUAGUCCAAGACAAUUCCGACCCAGUUUGGGCACAAAUACAACAACUAAUUAAAGAAAUUCAGUUUGUCUUGCGUCAGCCUACAUGAAGCAAGCUUCUUAUAAACAUCUCCCAAGUUGGCUACAUCAACGCUUCCAACAGCUGAGCUGGGCAUCUACACAUUGUUCCGAACGAGUUGCUCGAAUUGAAACGAUCUCAUCCAACAGAGAGCAAGCUCUGCGUGACUCAUCUGUUAAUGUGACUGACCUCGAUAUGUUGCUUUCCAAUAAUGUGAACCUUACUCCAGAUUAGCUGUCUGCGAUUGACGCAAUUCAAUAACAGUUGUUGUCAGGAAUAUCCGGCUUUGGGAUGGCGAUUUGGCGUCGGGGGCUUCAUCUCUGUCUUUGGCCUGGUUGCAGCAUAAGCAGCAACAAGAACAACAAUUAGUAUAAGAGAUGUGAUCUGGGAUAUGGGGCUUCAUGUAUGUGCUUAAAGUGUCAUCCCAUAUUAGCCUGUGCAGACUGCACACACAUUUAGUCCUAUUAAAAAGUCAUCCCAUAUUGGCCUAUGCAGACUGCGCAUACAUUAAGUCAUAUUAAAGUGUCAUCCCAGAUUAGCCUGUGCAGCUUGCACAUACAUUAAGUCCUAUAUAAGUGUCAUCCCAGAUUAACCUGUGCAGACUGCACAUACAUUAAGUCCUAUUAAAGUGUCAUCUUAGAUUAGCCUGUGCAGACUUCACAUACAUAAAGUCCUAUUAAAGUGUCAUCCCAGAUUAGCCUGUGCAGACUGCACAUACAUUAAGUCCUAUUAAAGUGUCAUCCCAGAUUAGCCUGUGCAGACUGCACAUACAUUAAGCCCUAUUAAAGUGUCAUCCCAGAUUAGCCUGUGCAGACUGCACAUACAUUAAGACCUAUUAAAGUGUCAUCUCAGAUUAGCCUGUGCAGGCUGCACAUACAUUAAGUCCUAUUAAUGUGUCAUCCCAGAUUAGCCUAUGCAGACUGCACAUACAUUAAUUCAUAUUAAAGUGUCAUCCCAGAUUAGCCUGUGCAGGCUGCACAUACAUUAAGUCCUAUUAAGGUGUCAUCCCAGAUUAGCCUGUGCAGACUGCGCAUACAUUAAGUCAUAUUAAAGUGUCAUCCCAGAUUAGCCUGUGCAGCUUGCACAUACAUUAAGUCCUAUAUAAGUGUCAUCCCAGAUUAGCCUGUGCAGACUGCACAUACAUUAAGUCCUAUUAAAGUGUCAUCCCAGAUUAGCCUGUGCAGACUGCACAUACAUUAAGUCCUAUUAAAGUGUCAUCCCAGAUUAGCCUGUGCAGACUUCACAUACAUUAAGACCUAUUAAAGUGUCAUCUCAGAUUAGCCUGUGCAGACUGCACAUACAUUAGGCCCUAUUCAAGUGUCAUCCCAGAUUAGCCUGUGCAGACUGCACAUACAUUAAGCCCUAUUAAAGAGUCAUCCCAGAUUAGCCUGUGCAGACUACACAUACAUUAAGCCCCAUUAAAGUGUCAUCCCAGAUUAGCCUGUGCAGACUGCACAUACAUUAGGCCCUAUUCAAGUGUCAUCCCAGAUUAGCCUGUGCAGACUUCACAUACAUUAAGUCCUAUUAAAGUGUCAUCCCAGAUUAGCCUGUGCAGACUUCACAUACAUUAAGACCUAUUAAAGUGUCAUCUCAGAUUAGCCUGUGCAGACUGCACAUACAUCAAGUCCUAUUAAAGUGUCAUCCCAGAUUAGCCUGUGCAGAUUGCACAUACAUCAAGUCCUAUUAAAGUGUCAUCCCAGAUUAGCCUGUGCAGAUUGCACAAACAUCAAGUCCUAUUAAAGUGUCAUCCCAGAAUAUCCUGUGCAGAUUGCACAUACAUCAAGUCCUAUUUUCAUAGAAUGAGGCUCAUAUAGUUGACUUAACAUCAGUCCUUUUUCUGCCUGAUUGAAGAAAAGCUCCUAACAUCAAAUGUGAAUUAUUCGUUUUUAAAUUGAUCAAACUUGGAAAAUAAAUAAAAAAUAAAAGUUGAUCUGAUAUCAGUUUUAGUCAUAAAAGGUCAGAAUAUAGUUUUGUCUAUUUUUGGGCCAAAAUUUAAACCCUGAACCAAAAGUUUCUCCUUGCAUAAUUAAAAUAUCUGCUUAAAUCGAAUUGUUGAAUUCUCUUUAAUUUGAGCAAAAAAAUAUUUAAAUGCAUUCAGCACAUUUAAAAAUUAUUUUCUUCAUUUAUUUUCAAUAUUUAAUUUAAUUCCUGCAUUUUGUUUUAAGAGCCUGUUCCUCCUGGUCCAGGACCUUUGGACAAAUGUUCAAAUAGUACUACCCACAGGAUGAAGCCACUCUGAAUCCGGGGCUCCAUACUUUCUUGGCCAGGGGCCAAGACUACCUCGUCAAUAAGCAGAGCACCAGCAUUGAUAUCGAGUUGGCCCAGCAACCGCACAAGUCCCGCCUGCAGGAGCCCCAGUCCAGAACAACCCUUCCCCUCCACUGACUUCUAACUCCUCCGCCUUGACUUCCUGACUCAAAAAGUCAGCAUCAUUGAACAACUCUGUUCUGCAGGAAAUUCUGAGUAUGAUUCUGUUCUGAACAAAUGCAAUGCCCAUGUCAAGUUGUCCACAUAUAAGCCUGGGUAGUUUUGUUAAGCUAGAGUUCCGCGUGGGCCUGAGAGGGAUGAGUUUUACAGACACGAAAAGUUAUAGCAGUAGUUAUGGUAACGCUAACAGUCAGUGGUUGCUGUUGGACAUCACAACAAAUAUCAUGAAGAAUAAAAAGUUUAAUAACUUGUUCCAAUCUUUAUGGGACAAACAGAAAUUGAACGAGAGAAAAUCAAGGAACAAUAAAAGCGUAAGCUUUCCUAGAAUGAUACUUCGGCUUUUGAUAGUUUGGCGACAGUAGGGUUAUGGACUGCCCCAGAUUGUCCUCUCAGCGGCCAAAAUAUCAUAAUACAAUGGACUUUUGGCAAUGUUACUGACAAAGAAAGGCAGUAAUGACUUGGUUGUGAAUACCCAGAGCACUAUACAUCCAUGCUGACACAGAAAGGAAGUAAUGACUUGGUUGUGAAAACCCAGAGCACGCUACAUCCAUGCUGACAAAGAAAGGCAGUAAUGACGUGGUUGUGAACACCUCGAGCACGAUACAUCCAUGCUGACAAAGAAAGGCAGUAAUGACUUGGUUGUGAACACCUAGAGCAUGAUACAUCCAUGCUGACAAAGAAAGACGAUAAUGACUUGGUUGUGAACACCCAGAGCACGAUACAUCCAUGCUGACAUAGAAAGGCAGUAAUGACUUGGUUGUGAACACCCAGAGCACGAUACAUCCAUGCUGACAUAGAAAGGUAGUAAUGACUUGGUUGUGAACACCCAGAGCACGAUACAUCCAUGCUGACAUAGAAAGGCAGUAAUGACUUGGUUGUGAACACCCAGAGCACGCUACAUCCAUGCUGACAAAGAAAGGCAGUAAUGACUUGGUUGUGAACACCUAGAGCACGAUACAUCCAUGCUGACAAAGAAAGGCAGUAAUGACUUGGUUGUGAACACCUAGAGCAUGAUACAUCCAUGCUGACAAAGAAAGACGGUAAUGACUUGGUUGUGAACACCCAGAGCACGAUACAUCCAUGCUGACACAGAAAGGCAGUUAUGACUUGGUUGUGAACACCUAGAGCAUGAUACAUUCAUGCUGACAAAGAAAGACGUUAAUGACUUGGUUGUGAACACCCAGAGCACGCUACAUCCAUGCUGACAUAGAAAGGCAGUAAUGACUUGGUUGUGAACACCCAGAGCACGAUACAUCCAUGCUGACAUAGAAAGGCAGUAAUGACUUGGUUGUGAACACCCAGAGCACGAUACAUCAAUGCUGACAUAGAAAGGUAGUAAUGACUUGGUUGUGAACACCCAGAGCACGAUACAUCCAUGCUGACAUAGAAAGGCAGUAAUGACUUGGUUGUGAACACCCAGAGCACGCUACAUCCAUGCUGACAAAGAAAGGCAGUAAUGACUUGGUUGUGAACACCUAGAGCACGAUACAUCCAUGCUGACAAAGAAAGGCAGUAAUGACUUGGUUGUGAACACCUAGAGCACGAUACAUCCAUGCUGACAAAGAAAGACGGUAAUGACUUGGUUGUGAACACCUAGAGCACGAUACAUCCAUGCUGACAAAGAAAGGCAGUAAUUACUUGGUUGUGAACACCUAGAGCAGGAUUCAUCCAUGCUGACAUAGAAAGACGGUAAUGACUUGGUUGUGAACACCUAGAGCACGAUACAUCCAUGCUGACAUAGAAAGGCAGUAAUGACUUGGUUGUGAACACCCAGAGCACGCUACAUCCAUGCUGACAUAGAAAGGCAGUAAUGACUUGGUUGUGAACACCCAGAGCACGAUACAUCCAUGCUGACAUAGAAAGGCAGUAAUGACUUGGUUGUGAACACCCAGAGCACGAUACAUCCAUGCUGACAUAGAAAGGCAGUAAUGACUUGGUUGUGAACACCUAGAGCAUGAUACAUAUAUGCUGACAAAGAAAGACGGUAAUGACUUGGUUGUGAACACCCAGAGCACGAUACAUCCAUGCUGACAUAGAAAGGCAGUAAUGACUUUGUUGAUAACACCCAGAGCACGAUACAUCCAUGCUGACAUAGAAAGGCAGUAAUGACUUUGUUGAUAACACCCAGAGCACGAUACAUCCAUGCUGACAUAGAAAGGCAGUAAUGACUUGGUUGUAAACACCCAGAGCACAAUACAUCCAUGCUGACAUAGAAAAGCAGUAAUGACUUGGUUGUGAACACCCAGAGCACAAUACAUCCAUGCUGACAUAGAAAAGCAGUAAUGACUUGGUUGUGAACACCCAGAGCACAAUACAUCCAUUGGGUGUGCAUCAGACGCGAAUUCUGCCUAUUAUUGUAAACAAGUUGUUAAAAGUGAACAUGUCUGGUUUUGUUAUGAGCACUUCCCACUCAGAGCCCAAAGGUCCUCUCAUUGAAUCGAUGCAAAAGAAGACUUUGAAAAAUGACAGCAGUUGUGUUGUGUGGUCCAGUAAUCCUUUCAACUCUCAACCUGAAGUUUAUCAAAACUCAAACUCAGCCCUUUGCAAUAUUACACUUGCAACACAGUGUACUUUACAAUGAAUGUUUCGCAGUUUAAAACACCAAAAUUUCAAUUUAAAUUUUGUGCACGUAACAUAUUGAUACAUUGCUAUUCUGAGUUCUAAUUGCGAUAUCCUCAAUAUCAAUAAUAUAUGAAAUGUUUGGCAUUCAAAAAAGAGGUGUGUAAAGUAAUUUGUUACAGUGCAUAUUCAUUUGUCACUAAAAAGAUCAGAUUUUAGUUUGCUUGUCAUUUCCUUUUAAGCAAACAUUAUUAGACAACAAAACAAACGUUUUUUAAGUGAAAGUGCAAGACAAUUCCGACCCAGUUUGGGCACAAAUACAACAACUAAUUAAAGAAAUUCAGUUUGUCUUGCGUCAGCCUACAUGUAGGAAGCCUCUUAUAAACAUCUCCCAAGAAGGCUACAUCAACGCUUCCAACAACCGAGCUGGGCAUCGACACAUUGUUCCGAACGAGUCGCUCGAACUGAAACGAUCUGAUUCAACAGAGAGCAGGCGUUGCGUGACUCGUCUGUUAAUGUGACUGACCUCGAUAUGUUGCUUUCCAAAAAUGUGAGCCUUACUACAGAUGAGCUGUCUGCGAUUGACGCAAUUCAACAACAGUUCCGGGUUUGGGAUGGCGAAUUGGCGUCAGGGCUUCAUCUCUGUCAUUGGCCUGGUCGCAGCAGAAGCAGCAACAAGAACAGCAAUAAGUUUAAGAGACGUGAUCUGGGAUAUGGGGCUUCAUGAAUGUGCUUUAAGUGUCAUCCCAUAUUAGCCUGUGCAGAAUGCACAUACAUUGAGUCCUAUAUAAGUGUCAUCUCCGAUUAGCCUGUGCAGACUGCACAUACAUUCAGUCCUAUUAAAGUGUAAUCCCAUAUUAGCCUGUGCAGACUGCACAUACAUUAAGUCCUAUUAAAGUGUCAUCCCAGAUUAGCCUGUGCAGACUGCACAUAUAUUACGCCCUAUUAAAGUGUCAUCUCUGAUUAGCCUGUGCAGACUGCACAUACUUUAAGCCCUAUUAAAGUGUCAUCUCAUAUUAGCCUGUGCAGACUGCACAUACUUUAAGCCAUAUUAAAUUGUCAUCCCAGAUUAGCCUGUGCAGACUGCGCAUACAAUAAGUCCUAUUAAAGUGUCAUCCCAAAUUAGCCUGUGCAGACUGCACAUACAUUAAGUCCUAUUAAAGUGUCAUCCCAGAUUAGCCUGUGCAGACUGCACAUACAUUAAGCCCUAUUUUCCCAGAAUGAGGCUCAUAUAGUUCACUUAACAUCAGUAUUUUUUCUGCCUGAUUGAGAAAAAGGUCCAAGCAUCAAAUGGUAAGUAUGUUUUUUUUUUAAUUAAUCCACUUGGUACAUAAAUAGCAAAUAGCAAUUGAUCUAAUAUCAGGUUUAAUCAUAGAAGGUCAAUGCAUAGUUUUGUCUACAUUUCGGCCGAAAUUCAGCCCUUGAACCAAGCGUUUAUCCUUGCAUACAAAAUCCGCUGUAAUAGACUUGUUAAAUUGUAUUUAUUUUCUCAAAACAAUUAUUUAAAUGACUUCAGCACAUAAUACAAUUAUUCCCUUCAAUAUUUAUUUAAGUUCCUGAAUUUUGUUUUAAGAGCCGGUUCCUACAGGAUCCCAUGCAGUCAUAGAUCGGUACCCAGCUGAACAACAGGCUGUUUGGUAAGCUGGGCCCGGAUAGGUGCAGCCAGUCUAAAGCUGGGGCUCCAAACUUUCCUGCCAAGUGGGCUGAUUUUACCUCUUCUACAAGAAUGAAUUAAUUAUUUGGUUUACAUGGACAUACCGGUAUGUCAGUGAUGCGCAAAGAGCUGGUUUUCUGUUCACAGAGAAAUAUCCUAACAACUCCAACUCAGCCACUACAUCUCAAUAGACAACUCGAAUAUCAAGGCGUUAAGUUUCUUCUGGAUGCAGUUACACUCACAGCUUUCAAGCCAGAAGCUGUUGAUUUAUUGAGAUUUUCUCCUCUCUAUGUUACCUGACCUGCUGCCUGUGAACAUCCUGCGCAUAGAACCUUUAUCUCAUUCGAUGUUAUUAAACCGGCCAAUCAAAAAGACAGCCUGUUACAGCACUUGUCAUUAGAUUGACGCCAUGCAUGCCUGAGCAUUUACGAUGGAAUUCCUCAUCUUGAAAUAUUGGGAAGGCAGGAAAACGCCUGUCAAUGUUAAGACAAAAAUGAGGGAAUGACAAAGAACAAUAAGACCAGCCAAGUCCUGUGAUCAGCCAAGUCCUGUGAUCAGUCAAGUCCUGUGAUCAGCCAAGUCCUGUGACCAGCCAAGUCCUGUGACCAGCCAAGUCCUGUGACCAGCCAAGUCCUGUGACCAGCCAAGUCCUGUGACCAGUCAAGUCCUGUGAUCAGCCAAGUCAUGUGAUAAGCCAAGUUUUAGGAUCAGCUUAGUUCUGUGGCCAGCCAAUUCAUGCGACACGCCAAGUGUUUUUACCAGCCAUGUCCUAUGACCAGCAGCUUUGUCUCGUGUGUACAGUCUGAUUGUAUGGGAAGAAAAAUCUACAUUUCAUAUUGUAUGGGUAUAAUGAUACUGAAAGUAUCAUGAUGAUUAAGUAUUUUGUUAUAUAUUGGUGAAACUUAGUAAUAGCAGUAAUGUAAAGUAUUAUUUCAAGAGCAAACUAAUGCAAGUACUACUAUUUUGUCUGUAUUCAGAAACUGACUCUAUAUAGCUUUAUCCUGAUUAUCGUAAACAGACAGACAAAAUGAUUGUACAAUUGUUUUUUUUAAACAUUGAUUUUAAGCCUUCACAAAGUUGUUUAAAUAAUGCUGAUACCUUGGACAAUAUUUAACUAAUUUAUUGUAUAAACAAGACAUGCUUAUUUUUAGUUUUUACCUAUAAAAUAGCAAUAUGUGCUAGGUAAAACAAUUGAUCAGAACGGUUCAUAAUUGUGAUGCUUCUAUUUUGAUAUGUCUGUCAUUCUGUCCGUGUACAUUUAUCAUCAGUUUGCUCUUUUUAGGCAGUAUUUUAUCAAGAAUUUCAUGUAGUGAUGUAAUAGUAAAAUAUCAAAUAAUAAUUUGUUUUAUUCAAACUAUAUUAACCUUCUGUUAAUUAUCAAUUUAUUUAUUGAUAACAGAUACUUUGUUUAAUAUAAACAAUAGUUAAGCGCGUUAUAAAAAUUGUGUGAAUGUACAUGCAUAAUAUUGCUAUAAUUAAUGCACACAUUAAUGGAAAAACUAUUUAAAUAAAGUAAAAUUUUGAAGUGCAUCUUAAUUGUAUUGGAGUUUGUUUAAUUAUUAAAAAAGUAUGCUUUCAUUGUUGAAAAUAUGAUAGUAAUUCCUCCACAAGUAAUUUUGUUUCGAAGUGAGUAUUUUCGUGAAUAAUGAUCCUAGAUAUGGUUGUAGAUUGUUCUUGUUGUAUCAUAUUCUGACAGGCUCAUCAUUUAUGUUGACAUUUGCAUUCUAGCAUUAAAAGUUCAUUAUGCUUUAAAUAUUUGUAUGUACACAUUUGCGACCAGCUUUUCUAAUGUAAUAAGCGAAUAAUGUAACACAGACUUAUGUGUCACUGUAUAUAUGUUUAUUUUGUCAUUUGUAAAUAGAUCAACUGCAAAGCUAAUGUUUUUGUUUGUACAAUAUUCAUAGAAUGUUGCCAUUUCAAACAGAUACAUUCACUGUUUUAAUUCAUUUGUACAAAAUUGUUUCAUAUUAAACAUCAUUUACAUAUCAGGCUAUAGAGAAAAAGAAUUGCUUUGGAUGAAUGAGCACAUUAACCUGUACCUGUAUAGUAAAUUAAGACAUGAAGAAUAUCAGAUUAUUAACAUAAUAAUAUACUUUAAGCAUUAGAAACACCUUGUUUUAUGUCAAGCUUUUCAGUGAAUAUAAUUAAGCAACUAUUAUCUGGAAAUUUGGAAAACAGUGAAGAACGAUUCAAGGGAGAGCAACUGUGAUAUACUAAAUAAAAGUCGUCUCCCUUGUUAGAGUAUAAUUGUACCUCUCAACGUAACAAGAACAUUGAAUCUUUUUUUAUAUUAUUCCACACUAUAAACUUUAUAGUAUAUUCAUUCAAUAAUCACUAAAGAAAUAUGGUUUGCAUAAUUGUUUAUUUCUAUGCGUUAUACCAAAUUCACCAGUAUGGCAUCAAUUUAAGUUCAUCAUAUUUUUAUUGCCAAAAUUGGCCAUACAGUGCUAAAAAUUUGGUAUUCUGACUAUUAUUAGUGCAUGUUCUCAUACAAUAUCACAUUGUAUAUUAUAACACCGAAGCAAUUCUGACUAUUAUUAGUGCAUGUUCUCAUACAAUAUCACAUUGUAUAUUUUAACACUGAAGCAAUAUGUGUUAAUAUAUUAAUUUUUAUUUAUUGACUUGUUGUUGCUUGUUAAGGUGUCUAAUUUUGAAUUAUAGCUGUUAAUUGAUUGUGACUAUUUUCCAGUUUUGAAUGAUUGCUUUUAGUUGAUUGUUUACAAGUUUUGUAAAAGCUGUUUUCAUGUUGACUGCUCCACAUUAAAUGUCGUUGACGCACAUUCACUGCGGCCAGGUUCCGUAAAACUCCCAUCUCAUCUGAUGUCUUAUGAUUGGAUUCCAUACAUAGUGGUUGUUUAUACUCAGCUUGCUUUGCAUUAAACAUGUCUGCUUUGUUGUUGAACAAUUAUACACAGCUUUUUAUUAGACAAAAUUGUGUAAUAUUUCAAAUUUUUUAUAUCAAUUUUUUAUUUCGAACAAAAAUAUAUUUUGUUUAUUUGUUUGUAUAUUUAGCUAUAAUAAAAUUGUUUCUAUAAUAUAUAAACAACAUAUUUAUAAGAAAUAAACUAUAUUGGUAAAAGUAGAUUUAAGGUUCAAAAUCAUGUCUUAAUUUGUUCGAUUAUCCCAAAUUAACAUUUUGCAAAAGCAAAACUUGUUGAAUAAAGAAAACUUUAUGCAACGUACCACCAGGUCUUUUAACCAUUGAUUGUGUAUCACUAACGAUCAGGACUUUAUCAGGGAUUAAUAAUUGCCUUUGCAUGGCUAUAAUGUUUGUGUUAUUGAAUUGAAUAAUUUCUGUAGUUUGGUGCACAUUAAUUGUUUUUUUUAAGACAUAGCACAUGUCAUUUAAUAUAGUAUCAUUGUAGUUUUGGUAUGUUUAGGGAUAUAAUCAUGUUAAUGUAUGUGAUUUGCUGAUCCAUUUCUUGUUGUUUCACUCCAUUUAAUGUAUAUAGCCAUGCAUAGAGCAGGAAUCUUGUUGUACUGUGAAACAAAUGUUGUUAUAGCAAAUAAAAAAUGUAUGUUAA